AGGUGAACUAUGCAAGUAGCACCAGAAUUCCUCUCCCUGGUGACGGACCAGCUAUUCAGUCAAACAGUUCAGCACCAUCCAAGCAAACUGUUCUGUCUUGGCAAGCUGCAAUUGAUGCUGCUAGACAAGCAAAGGCUGCCCAAAAUAUGAGUUCCACCACAGCCCAGCCUGUAGGAUCUCUGUCCCAAAGAAAACGCCAGCAAUAUGCCAAGAGCAAAAAACAGGGUAACACAUCUAAUAGUCGGCCACCCCGUGCCCUUUUCUGUUUAUCUCUCAACAACCCAAUACGAAGAGCCUGCAUUAGUCUAGUAGAAUGGAAACCAUUUGACAUAUUUAUACUACUGUCUAUUUUUGCCAAUUGUGUGGCCUUAGCUGUUUACAUCCCAUUCCCAGAAGAUGAUUCUAAUUCAACUAAUCAUAAUUUGGAAAAAGUAGAAUAUGCCUUCCUGAUAAUUUUUACAGUUGAAACAUUUUUGAAGAUUAUAGCAUAUGGAUUAUUAUUACACCCCAACGCAUAUGUUAGAAAUGGAUGGAAUUUGUUGGAUUUCGUAAUCGUAAUAGUAGGAUUAUUUAGUGUAAUAUUGGAACAAUUAACCAAAGAAACAGAAGGUGGCAGCCACUCAGGUGGCAAACCUGGUGGCUUUGAUGUCAAAGCCCUAAGAGCCUUUCGUGUACUGCGACCUCUCCGGCUUGUAUCAGGAGUGCCCAGUUUACAAGUUGUCCUGAACUCCAUUAUAAAAGCCAUGGUCCCCCUCCUCCAUAUUGCCCUUUUGGUAUUGUUUGUAAUCAUAAUCUAUGCCAUUAUAGGAUUGGAACUUUUUAUUGGAAAAAUGCACAAAUCUUGUUUUCUAAUUGAUUCAGAUAUACUAGUUGAAGAAGAUCCAGCACCUUGUGCAUUCUCAGGGAAUGGACGUCAGUGUGUCAUGAAUGGCACUGAAUGUAAGGGUGGAUGGGUUGGACCAAAUGGAGGCAUAACCAACUUUGAUAAUUUUGCAUUUGCAAUGUUAACUGUGUUCCAGUGUAUAACAAUGGAAGGGUGGACUGAUGUGUUAUACUGGAUGAAUGAUGCUAUGGGAUUUGAAUUGCCAUGGGUGUAUUUUGUCAGUCUCGUCAUCUUUGGGUCAUUUUUCGUACUAAAUCUUGUUCUGGGUGUAUUGAGCGGAGAGUUUUCCAAGGAAAGAGAAAAAGCCAAGGCCCGAGGGGACUUUCAGAAGCUACGUGAAAAACAGCAGCUUGAAGAAGAUCUGAAGGGAUAUUUAGACUGGAUUACACAGGCAGAAGACAUUGACCCUGAGAACGAUGAAGAGGUUGAUGAAGAAGGCAAGCGGAACACAAGCAUGCCCACCAGUGAAACUGAAUCAGUGAACACCGAGAAUGUGAGUGGAGAAG